UGUGGCAACUAUUAUGACACUUCUGCAUGAGAAAAGUAAGUGUUGCUCUGAUAAAAAAAAACUAUUCUACUCUUUGCCAAUCUGCAGGUACUUUGCGUCAAUUAUUUAUUCCACUGAUAAUCUUGUAUCUUUGUAUGUGUUAUAUGGCUGUGUCUGGCGAGACGUUACCCCGCUACCGGAAUCGAAGCGUGACGAUUCUCCAGCCGGCUGCAUUUGAACGCGUGCCGCCACCGGCGACCGGCGACCAUGCUGAGGAUCUUCAGGAAUCUCAAGCAAAAAAUUCUGUUCAAAGAACUACCGCCGCCUUAUCAGGAGAACGAGGAUGUCCCCAACGAUACACAGGAUAUAUAUGAGUCAAGCCCAAUCCCACCAUGCGAGGUUCUCGACCUGCUAGCCAACUGCAAGGUCCCGGGCAUCCAGGCCUCCGACGUCGAAUACGCAGAGAUCCAGGAGGACAUGGGUCUGUGGCACUCCACGCCGCUGGCUCACCGGCACAAGUCGAAGAUAUCGCUCACUUGGGUGCUGAAGGAGAAUGCACAGAACACGAAACCUCAGAACGACAUCAGAUACCCUCGUCAAUUCGAAGACCGUUUCAAAACCACCAAACUACGCGAAACCCGAGUCGUCGGCCGGAACGAGUACUACCACAAUCUUCGGUUCCGCAGCGCCUGCGAGGAAUUCGUGAGCCAAGACACCCUGUCAGACGAGACGAGUACCGAAGAGUAUGUGAGAAGGAAGCAUAGGCAUAGACAUCGGAGGAAGAAAAGAAAUCAAGAGCGAUUCGGAUACGAUAUUAGGGAUUUGGACAGCUUUCUUAGUGAGGCAUCAAUAGACCGUCCAGGCAACAUCCCAGUAGUGAUAGCAUACCCAACAACACUGUACCAAACACAAAAAGACCUCCAAAGGGAACUAACCCUACCACUUGGUACAGUCGUCAACGCAGUGUUCAAAAACAAACAGUGGCUGUAUGUACAGACUCCGCACGGGGACGAGGGAUAUGUCAUGUACAGCGCGUGUCUGCCGCUCGGGAUUCUGCCUAAUAGGACAUCCCAAAAGAAGACACCCUGCUGGGAAAGCAGCACAGACAUCUACCCGCGCCCCUGCGGCAACCUAACCGACAACGAAAAGGAGCAACUUCGCACCCGCACCCGCUCCGAAACCCGCUACAAACCGCGCAAGCAGCGCUGCGCAGAAAAAGACUUCGACUCCUUGUACUUACGCACCAAAUCCGUCUGCUCAAACGUAGAAAAAAAUAGAACCAUAGACACCAUAGAAAAAAAUAAAACCAUAGACAAAAAAAUAAGACAGACUUUGCUAGUAGUGAAUAGUGAUUAUAAAGGGAGCGUUUUAAAUAAAACUUUGUCGGUGAGAGAAGGAGAUGUGGUGGUGUUGGUGGAAAGGGGAGAGACUGAUGUGGACGCGGACUGGUUCUAUGUAAGGAAAAGAGAUGGCAGUCAGGGGUUCAUACCGGCCGUUAUAGCUGGCCAUGGGUAUAUUUAAAUUAUUGUAGAUUAAGUUAUUCAAUGGUGUUAUAAUAGUCAAGUCAAGUUUUCCAUAUUUUGAUCUGAUUUUAUUCUGAUCGGACUUUUCUAGUAUGCCUCCGUAGCUCAGUUGGUAGCAAUUGGACCAGUGCCCCAGUGGUUGCAAGUUCGAAUCUUGUCGGAUGUGAUCAUUUUUUAAAAUUUUCUUUUAUUUACAACAAUGUCAGUUUUUUCUU